UCCUGACGGUUCUUGUCAUGGUUUGGGACACGACAGCCCUACCACAGGGCACUAGAUUGUAUGGCUGAUGCUCCCCUGCCACACGAGUUGCAGGCUUAGGCCAUGAGCUUCAGGGCGGUGACGAGGUGGGACCACGCUUGGAUGAGGCUCCUGCUUCAAUGCAUCCUUGUGGCACUUGUGGCAGGGCAGGAAGGUGACAGGCCGCCUACACCCAGAGAGAUCUUCUUCUCCACGCCGCCGGCGAUCCUGGUGCGCACGCUGGUCUCAAGAUCGGAUGCCACGAGAUGGAGCAUCUAUCAGCAGUUCACCCUGGAGGUGACCGGCGAGCGGCUGAAGGGAGGAUUAGCUGGUGGCCGACCUCUCAUUGUGGAUGGGGAGACCUGCGAUGCCUCGAUGUCUGUCACCGCGGCGUUGGAGGGUUUCCUUCCAAGCGAUGCGUUCUCGGCGCCCGACAUGGCGUCUGACUACUUGGCCGAGGUAUGGCGAUUUCCCAAUCUGCGGUUGACCCUGGGAGGCAUUUUCAGCGCGUGCUGGUGCCGACCGGAAGGUCAGCAGCGGCCGGGGGAGGAGUCACUGGGAGUCACCGGGCGGCUUUGCGAGUUGGCCACAGGUGGGCCUCUGCAUGUGGUGGGUCCAGUGGAGCUGCUAGGGGCUGAUGGCGUACCCGAGCAGGACCCGCAGAGCUCGAGUGCCCCUUAUGUGCUUGAUCGAUUUCUCUUGGAUGUACGUGGCUACUCUCUGGAGGUAGACUUCGACCGCAUCCGCGUGGUGGAUGAAGACGUGAUGUGCGGCGGCCCGGGGUCAGCAACAUCCAGCCAGGCCUUCCUGGGGCCUGGCGUCGGGGUGACGGCGGCCUCUGUGAAGCCGGGCAUUCAGGUGGUGGCCUCCCUGGGCCAGCCGAGCACUGUUGGCCAGUUGGAGCUCAAAGAUGAGCAAGGAUACCAUCCAGAGUUGCGGGGCCCUCUUGGAGCCGGUCUUGACCCCACGGGCGAGAAUGCAUCUUUGGUGUGGUCUGACUUGGCAACGACCACGGCGGGCAUGUAUCGAGUGUGCUGGUGCUCAGCGCUGAGGCCCACCAAUGCUGGUCAGAAUGACGUGGACAUGACGGAUUUGUUCCCCUUCCCGCCGGGCGAGGUGAACAUCACGAAUGACACAAAUGACUCCAACUUCAGCUGGGACUACGAGUUCUCCUGGGAGGACUACGGCCCCGCUUUUGCUGCUUUCCGCCGCCUUCAGGCCUCGUACGAGGCUGCAGGAGAGAACGGCAGCAAUGAGAGUGAGAAUGACAGCAAUUUCAGCAACGACACGAUGCUGUUUGACGAUUGGAUGGCCGAGAAUGUGUCUGCAGGAGCAGUGAUCUGCAACUCUGAUGCUAUGUUUGACCUUGACCUUGGCAACUUCUCCAUUGCCGGGCCAACUCGGCUUGAGGUCACUGGCGCAGAGGGCUUUGACAGGCGCAUGGUGCGCGUUGGGGUGAACUUUUCCCUCACAGUGCUGGGAUUUGGCCUGGGUGAUGGACAGUCGCAAAGGCUCAGGCUGGUGUUAGCACCCCUGCGCUGUGGCCAAGAAGGGACCUUCAACGGCACAGAGCAUCUUCGCGGUCAGCUGGCUGAGGACCCGAAUGCGGCGGGGAGUGGUGGCGACCCCAACACUGCCCAGACGUGGGGGCCCCUGGCGUUGUCGCGGAGCGGGCUGUACUACGUCUGCCUUUGCUCGGGCCGAGGCAGAAGCUGCGGUCGAGAUAUCGACUUCCAGGUUGAGAUUGGCAGCGUCCAGGCAUUCUGGCCCGAUCUGCGCUUGCAGGCGUCCGGCGGCUUCGAGCUGCGCGUGUUGCCACACGUGGUCUUCUCUGUCGACUUAGUGGGCCCCGAGCUAUCAGUCGAAGAUCGCGUGAGGGUCGUAGACUUCAGCACCCAAUGCGGUCACCCAGGGUCGGAGCAGCAUACCUCUGAACUGCGAGGGCCGCUCGCCGAAGCGCCGAACACUCCGGGCAUACUAGGCUCAACCGAUGGGAAUCCCAUGCUCACCUGGCCAGAACUGCGAGUUGUCUCUGGUGGCAUUUUCCGAAUCUGCUGGUGCCCCGGCAACGAGCAGGGUGCAGCCGAGAAAAGUGAGUGUGAGUCAGCAGAGGACUUCUACGCAGAGUUCGGCACCUUCUCGGCGCUGCACAUCCGAGAUGGCUGGUCAAGUGCCUGCCCGCGCGCCGAAGAGCCCAUCCUCUUGCAUGUGGCUGCCAUUGGGCUUCGCCCCGAGCUAGAUCGCGUCCUGCUGCUGCAAGCCUCUGAAGUGUGUGGGGAGGGCACUCCCGAAGUGCUCGCCCCGGGCGGCGUGGUGGCCGCCGAGUCUGGCUUCGGCGCGCUGCAAUGCCGGGAGGAUCCCAACGCCGGCGCAGAGCUGCUUGAGCGCAAGAUGGUUUGCGGAGGGACCGACUCGCUGGGGGCGGUUCGAACUUUCUCGCUCGGGACGUAUCGAAUUUGCGUCUGCGGGUCACUUCCGAAGUACGAUUGCUCGCAGCCAUCGCACUAUUGGACCCCCGCGGGCGAUCCCUUCCAGGUGCUGAUGGGAUCCGAUGCUCCUGGGGCGGCUCCAAGUGUUCCGCCCCUCUCGCUGCUCACCGCGCAGAGCACAGCACUGGCGGCCGCGUAUGCCCCACAACCAUUGGGAUCCCAGCGAAGGGUAGCGGCUGGCUAUGAGGAUGGAGUAGUUCGAGUAUGGCGGCCCGCCGCUCCUGCGGUGUCAGAGCUCGUCGGUCACCUGGACCACGUCCAGGACGUGGCAUGGUCGCCGGAUGGCGCAUGGCUGGCGUCCGCAGGCCUUGACGGAAGCCUCCGCAUUUGGCAAGACGCGGCUGGGCUGGGUCACUGGGGCACCGGUGCACCUCCGCACCCCUGCCCACACUGGGCGCCGGUCUGGGCCAGGCCUGGGGGCAACAUGCCGGACUUUGACUGGCAGAAUGUCAUUUUGGGGCACCUGCUCUUAAUGAAUCCACUCAACAUCACUGAGGAGCCCUUCGUGCACUAUGCGGAAGCCCUGUCCAGCACGGAUUUGGCAGAUAUAGGCCAUCUGACCCUGCACCGUGCGGCGCAACAAUGUGAGAAGGCCUGCGGCAACUUUCGGGAGAUGGCCGUCCAAUUCUGCGAGUGUGGCCCAAGCCUCGAGUGCCACAUUUUGGGGACCUGUCUGCCGAAGUGUGGCUUGGAGGCUCACAUUUGGCCACGGGCCCAUCAACAGGGGCUCACCGCUGUGACCGUGUCGCCUGACGGCUCGGUGCUGGCCACCGCCUCCUUUGACACCCACGUGAAGAUCUGGGAUGCCAGGACUCUUUCUCCAGAUCCUCUGGCAACGGUGUCACUGCAUACCCGGGCUGUCCUUUCGCUGGCCUCUGCCGCAGUAGGUUCGCAUGGUCCCAUCCUUGCGACCGGCGGGGACGAUGAUCUCAUUGCAUGGUUCAUCCUCGAGCAGGUCGUUUCCGCAGGCCAGGCCUCCAGCGCCGCGCCGCUGCGCAGCUUCCGGGAGGAAACCGCGCUGGGCAAGAACGUCGCCAUCUUGGCUGUGGCCUUCUCGCUCGACGGGCUGUGGUUCGCAGCAGCAGGCCGAGGCGGGAUGGGCGCCUUGUGGAACGCAGAGACGGCUGUGAAGGUGCGCACCUUCCAGCCCGCGCUGGAGAGUGAAAGCCGGGCGCACUCUGCUGCUAUGGCGGGCCUUUCCUUCUCGCAGGACGGGCAGUGGCUGGCAAUUCGUGGGGCGGCCGUGAAGAUGCUCCCGCUGUCCAAUGUGCACUUGGCACCUCCGAGCCCCGAGUGGGUUCCGUUCACUGGCGAGGACCUGGGGCGGUGCGUGCUGUCCUGGUCCUCCACGCCGGGACCUGCGGGGAACCAGCCGCAGCACGCCGUGAAGCUCUAUUCCAACGGGACUGUGCUGGAGAUGGCUUUUGCCCCCUGCAAUGUGACCGACGGAUGUGCAACCAGUCUGCCGUCCAUUCGGGUGGACGCCAGGGUUCCUUUCGAUUUCGUGGCAGUUCGUGGGUACUUCUUGGAGUACAGCUUGAGUGCGGACGACUUGGCGGAUGACUGCCGGGGUGGCGCCAGACAGACGCACUGGGACGAGCCCAACCCAGCCAGGAGCUACUUCACUCAGCUUGGGUUUGGCAUGUCAGCGGAAGGUGUGGACUGCGAGCGCGUGGGGCCAGAUGGUGACCGAGGACGUGCGAGCGUGGAGGCUUGCAAGGAGGCCUGCCGCGAGAACUAUUUCUGCAACCUCAUCAACUACAGGGAGAGCGCACGGAAUUGUGACCUGCGCUACUGCUUGAAUGCGUCCUCGCCUGAGUUGGGCAGUAAUCCUGAUGUGGACGUGCAUGCCCUCAUCGAGUCUGACGACACUGAUGAGCUUCUAGAUGCGACCCAUGAUGGAUAUGUGAUGUUCGGUGCUCCGAACAGUACCGGAGAUGGCGGCAUCGCAUAUGGCGGCUGUCAAGCCGGCAGAGAGGUGCCGCAAUCAGGCGUGUGGAUCACCAUCCCGGAGACGCCUGUGAGCAGGACCAGCACGCUGAGAUGGCAAGUGGCGCAAAGCCGAAACUCGGAGAUCAUGGCGAUCGGCGAGGUCUUCCUCGAGCUGCUGGUGCCCAUCGACGAAGAGCACACCAUUGUGGAGCCAUCUGCCUCGAAGGCAGUGUCAGUGGCGCCUGACCGCCUGGAGAUUGUGGCCUCCAGUGCUGCGUAUGGGGGCGCCUUGGCUGUCUGGGACGCGAGAGGCUUCGAUAUCCCCUCCGGGCGGCAUGAGGAGUACAAGCUGAAGUCGGUCUUCAGCUUUACUAUUCGGGCACCAUUCUUGCAGGAUGCGGAUCGCAUGCGCAUUGUAGAAAGCGAUGAUGUUGCUGUUUGCGGUGAUGCCUACAGCUCCGUGGCGACACUGAAGGUGCAAGGGCCCACGCUCGGUCAGCGUGACUUCGGAGACAGCAGCUCAUCCACGUGGCAGGGCUAUGCUGCCAUGCAGCCAGGCGCAUACCGCGCGUGCUUUUGUGGAGGCCUUGGAGAGUGCUGCAACGUGGACGGGGCCUACGCGACGGAGCUGCUCAGCUUCGUGGUGGCCGGUGCCUCCAACGAUCACUAUGCCCUGUGUGAGGUGUCCUUGGUGAACUGGCCCCUGUCGGAGGUGAAGAUUUGCUCCAUCGAGGGCUUUCGCGGCGUGGGCACGCAGUCCGGGGACAUGAUCAUGCUGCAGACCAGCGGCUUCUGCGGAACGGCCACGGGCCCCGUGGCCUCGGCGUGCGCAUUGCGCCUGCGUUGCGCCGCCAAGCCGCCCGCGGCAAAAAAGCUUUGCCGAUGGCUCGAACGUCGCCCGAUGCCAGGUGUCUGGCUUGCCCAACAACGGGGUCAUGAUAAGCCGGAGCCCAGAUGCUCGGGACUUCGCUGGAGUCCACCCAGGCGGCACCUGGUAUCGUUUCGAGAAGGAGAACCUGCCGGAUGAUCCCGGCAUCUUCGAUGCGGAACCUUUGAUGCCGUACGAGGGUCUCAUCGCAAAGAUGUGCUGGUG